AUGUAUUCUAUAUGGAAUAAUAAUAAUCAAGUUGUAUCUUUAUUUUCUAGAAGCAUAACAUUCAUAGAAUCAUGCAGCAUAUGCUUAGCUGAUUUGAAUGGAAAUAUAUGCUUGACCAAAUGCAAGCACACUUUCCAUAGAAGGUGCUUGCAUAAGUGGCUUCGCACAUUUCCUGGGACCUUCUGUCCAAAGUGCAGGGAACCUCUGACGUUGCCCUUAUCUUACGAGCAAAUUAAAGAUGUGUACACUUUUAAACUUGGUGGGUUAGACAGUGACGAAACAGAAACAGACACGGCUGAAGAAUCUUACACAGACAAAGAUGAGGAAUCACACGAAGAAUCAGAAGAUCUAGAUGCUAUUAACGAUAAUGUCAUUGUCGCAGACAAUGCCACUACACAAGGUAAUGGCCCUCCAUUAUUCAUUAUUAUCACUGAAGUUGAGGAAUCAGAUGAAUAA